AUAGAUAGUGAGGCCUUGUGUCUCCCAAGUCCUUCAUGUUGAGACCUCCCAGAGAGAUGCUCCUAACGUCUGCUAAUGUUUACAUCUGAGCCACGCAUGCGCUUCAAACCCUCAGUUAGUCAAAUGGAUGGCCAUAGGAAACGUCGAAGGAGCACUUCUCCUGCUAAAAAAUUGCCAAAACUUAGAAAAAUUUCGAAAGAAAUCAAGAUAUUUCAACCACUGUCGUUACUCGACCUGAGUGCACAAUGUGUAGCUUCUACGAUUCCUUUCCAACGCGUGGAAGAGAAAAUAAUGCGCGUACCGGAGCCAGUACAACUAAGAGUGGUGUAUUGGUCGUUCCCGAGAAAUGAGAAAGAUAUCUGUAUGUACUCGUCAUUACACACAACRCCUUGYCAUACUGAUAUACGAAGACUACCAUUUCAAAAAGGACUGCAGAUUCUAGAAGAUGAGCAAGUCACAGAAGCCCUUCAAGUUGGGUUUAGUCUUAGCGGUAAAGUUGUUGAAAUAGAAGAAACUCGUUAUGGACAGCAAAGUCAAGAAUACAAUGUGUCCAUUAGUUUUGAUCGUUGUAAGAUCACUUCCGUGAGCUGUUCAUGCGGUACAAAGGACAUUCUAUGGUGCUCGCAYGUUGUUGCUGUUUCAUUAUUCCGCAUUCGCUUCCCUGAUCGUGUCACGUUAAGAGUACCAAUAUCAGAGACACUCUCACAAAUGAAUAGAGAUCAACUGCAAAAACUUGUACAAUAUAUGUUAUCCGAGCAUCAUUCCGAUGUACUUCCGACAGCACAGCGUCUGGCCGACGAAAUUCUCAAGAAGAGUUCGGAAAUUAACCGACUUGCGGGGGCACCCGAUCCUACAGCAGGGGCAAGYGUUGAUGAUGAUAAUUGUUGGCAUUUGGACGCCGAGCAGGUCCGAGACCAAGUUAGGAGCUACUUAUCUCAAGGUGGMCAUUGUAAUAGUGGACGGCAACUCUUAUCGAUGUUUGCAAAGGUCCGUGAAAUGCUUCGUGUUCACGACAAAAAUGGUUCACGCAUGCUCAAGCUAAUUACUGAACAAUUCCUCGAGGAUCCACGUCUCCAAAUAUGGAAACAACAAGGAACGUCCAUGAACGACAAAUGUCGGCAGCUUUGGGACCAACUUGGAGCAUUAUGGGUAUGCGUCGUUCUCAACCCAGACUCCAGCGAGGCAGAAAAAGCCGUGUGGAAAGAUCARCUGGAAGACUGGAGCCGGCGAGAUGUGUGCCCUCUUGAGAAUCCUGAUUCAUCGGAAGAUGUGAACAACAACGACCAGACGGAGAAUGUUGCAAAAAGUACGAUUUUCUCUCGUGCAAUCCAYACAUGUGGACUCAACUGGGAGGACAGAGAAUUGMAAAAGAUUAUUGGACGAUGUGACGUCAGUGAAGAGGGAUAUUUUACAUGGAAUGAGGAAGUACCUAUUGCUGCAGCACGAGUUGACGCUCUACGAGCGCAUGGCUACCCMAACGAGGCCGUCAAACUUGCACUCGCUGUAGCACGUGGAAUGYACGAAGAACAAGUUCAYAAACAUCACAAGAUGGAGGAACUUGCUCAAAAAUACAACGARACUGAUCUUGAAGCUCAGUUGUACGAGGACGGUACCGGGGAAUCAGUCGAGGGAUGGAUUGGACAUCCUCUUGACCCCAUUGUUGUUCUCUAUGACACGCUUAUCGAAGCGGCGUCCGUAGACGACUCUGACUCAAAAGAAGAUUCUAGUUUAUCCAGUAAAACAUCACAGGACACCAAGAAGUUUGUUCAUGUACCAACUAUUGGUCGUGUUGAYGAUGAAGAAAGCUAUCUUACAAUUGCUGUGCAGGUCGCYAUGAUGGGAUUAGGACAGCAGCGGGCAAUGCCACAAGGAUUUUAUUCCCAGGACAAAGCUUGUCGCCAGGAAGAACACUUGCUUGCCCAGCUUAGUUUAUUGACUAUUGAUGACCAAUUGUACAAUACUGUAUGUCGACAAACAGAACUUUUAUACGGUGGAGGUCCAUUUAGUGGGCUGGGCCUUGGAGUUCAUCACCGUAGCGUCCCCAUGCACACCUUUGCCAGAUUCUUGUUCAAUAUAUUUGUGUCUAAAGAUCCCGAACUGGCGUUCAAUGUUGCACUUCGAGCGAUGCGGUUUCUAGUAUUAGACGCUGUUAGUGAUGAUGACAAUCAAGGCUUAGAUGUCAUGCGCACAACCCUUACUCGUUGGUACACUCUAGGACACUUGGAAUCACAACAAUGUGAACUUGCUUUACGCAUGCUCAAUGCUGCUAAAGGCAACAACACAAGAAUGUCAGCGGUACUCUUCAAUAUCCAAAGACAUGUUCAUUCAGCAUCACAGAUCUUUCGGUUGGCACAAGAUGCUUURAAACUUGCUGGAGUUAAUAACAAUAUCUUAGAGAACAACCGUGAUUUAGGCAUGCUUCAAGUUGCKAUGGAACURGGACUUCAAGCWCUUCGAAUGACACUUGAUUCACAGAACUGGAGGAGACAUGACAUGGUACAGUGGUCGAUUGAAUGUGCRGUGGAGCUUGGUACGUCUGCUUUGAGUACUAUCAUGAAGAACUGGAGCAAACUUUUCUCACCAACUGAAGCCACAUCUCUCGUCGCUGCAAACAUCAUGGCUCCUGCCACAGCGAUAAGACUCAAGUUAACAGCAGUCGAGAGAGAGGCCCUUAAUCGAUGUGCAAGGGCCCUUGCUUUGCAGUGUGCCAGCAGAGAACCUAAGUAUUGCUGCCUACCAGCUUUGGCCCUAUGUGAAAAGGACCCUGUGUCGUUUGAGGCUGCAUAUCAACUCGUGUUGGAGUCGGCAUCGAAUAUCUCACCGUUGCARCUGUUUGCUAUUGCGAGAUAUAUGGAACAUAGGAACUUAAGYCGUCGUGCUUUUAGACUAGCAGUACUAGCAGUCAAGCACUCGACUUUAGCCUUCAACCAAGACUCACAYCCGUCUAUUGGUGAUAUACAGUGGACAUGCGCACUAGCUCAUUCACUUGGACGAGAUGAACUUAGUAAAGUUAUACCACUGAUUGUCAAAGCAGUGCAUUGCCCUACAGUAUUGUCAGACAUUCUUUUCCGUUGCGCAUUUGCGCAGACCACGUCCUCGUGUCCGCGAACGUUUGGAAAGUUCGCUCUUUGUGAUGAAGAACCUUUGCAUCAACUGUUGGAAUGCACAAUUAAUGCKUACGUGAACACCGUUCAUAGUAGACUCAACCACAUCAGCCCAAGACAUUACACUGACUUYAUAGACUUUCUUAGAAAAGCAAAAGAAGUYUUUGAGCUCGCUGARGAUGGUUCUCAUCGAUUYAAUGCACUUCUUAACAAUAUGAAAGUUCUCUACAAAGGGAAGAAGAAACUUGUCCAAUUAAUAAGACAGAAAAUCGGUUGAGUUAACUCAAUAUCAGUUAUGUUAUUUAUUUUGAAAAUUAUAUUUUCCCAUCCAGGAAAUUCAUAUUAUAUUACACGUAAAACAUGUGGAUGGGCUUUCAUUUGUGAAGGUAAACAUGGUAUAUCGAUAAAUUAUUACUGAAUAGAACAUUGAAAAACCUAAAAACAUUUUUAAAAAAGAAGAGAAAAUAAAUUUAUUUGAACGAUAA